UCAAAAUAUGACCUGACGUUUCCCGCCAGUUUCAAAUUGGACGAUUUCGCUGUCAACAGCCCCAGAAAAGCCUAUAAAGGUAGCAUUCCUGUCUCCCUAGUCUGCAGAAUUCACCACCAGAAUGAAGACCAAGAAGUUAAGUCUCGUGGUGGCGGCCUGUAACAACAUGGGCAUCGGUGUGGACGGCAAAAUCCCCUGGACUCUGAGGGGUGACCUGAAGUUCUUCAGCAGACUGACAUCUGGGACAGAGGAAGAAGGGAAGCAGAAUGCAGUAGUGAUGGGGAGGAAGACUUGGUUCUCCAUACCUGAUCGCUUCAGACCACUCCCCAAGAGACUUAACGUUGUUUUGAGUCGCAAUCUCACAACACCACCAGAGGGCGCUCAUCACCUGGCAGGCAGCCUGGAGGAAGCCGUGAAGAUGUUGACUGAAUCUCCAGUGGCAGACUCUGUAGACAAAGUCUUCAUCAUUGGAGGCAACUCAGUGUACAAGGAUGCCUUGAGCCACCCCAGCUGUCACAGAGUCUACCUUACCAGGGUGUAUAAGGACUUCACAUGUGAUACCUACUUCCCAAGUAUGGACAAUAGCUUUAAACUUGUCAGUGACCCUGGAAUCCCCUCUGAGAUGCAAGAAGAAAACGGCAUUGAGUAUAAGUAUGAGGUGUAUGAGAAGGUUGAAUGAGUGGGCCCUGUAUGCUGCCUUGAGGAACACAGGAUUGUGAAACAGCCACAUUCCUCUGUUGUCUAAAAGUUAAGCUUAAACUGGUCUGUGCUCUCAAUGCUGUAGAUAUCUGUAUCAGUUUAGCCGGUAUAACUGCCCUUUGGUGUAGCACACCAGCUAUAAAACUAAAGAAUGCUUUUGGUAAAGCACAAGACUCCUGGAUUUUAAAAACAAAAACUAGGUUACCACAAAGCUUGAAGCCACUAGAGGUUCCCAUUAUUUGUUACUUAAAUGAAGCUCAAUGACAUGUAUAUUAAGGACUUAUGAAUCAAAAUAGACCUCAAAGGUCUAUUUUGAUUCCGCUUGCAUCUAGAAUAUCUUUCUGGUGGAGGUCACUAAGUAGUUAACAUACU